GCAGCUUUGAGCCGAGCCUGCAGCCUUGGGUCCACCCAGGGGUUCGGACGCACCGGUGGCUCUGAGGCGCUCGGACUGGACGGGACAGGACGGAGGGAAAGAUGUUGGCGCGAUGCUGCCGAGCCAAGCUGUCGGUGUGGGCCGCCCUGUGCGUGCUGGUGCUCUGCUGGUUUUACGCGUUCCCAGUCUACAGACUGCCGAACGACAAAGACAUCGUGCAGGAGGUGCUGAGGCAGGGGGAAGUGUGGCACAAGAACCAGACGGGCAUCGAUUUGUACAGGAAGUUGCUGACAGGAUGCUGCAACCCGGAGGAAAUGUUUGCAGUAACAAAAGAGAACUCACCAAUGGGGAAAGUCUUGUGGUACGAUGGGGAGUUUUACCACUGGCACACUGUCAACAACGAGACACAUUCACUUUUUGUACAGAGCAACCCUCUGCAGCUGCCCCUAAAGAAGUGUGCUGUGGUGGGCAAUGGGGGCAUCCUGAGGCACAGCAAGUGUGGACGGGACAUUGACCAAGCCGACUUUAUCAUGCGAUGUAACCUUCCACCACUCACAAAGGAAUAUGUAGAUGAUGUCGGCACAAGAACACAUCUGGUCACUGCCAACCCCAGCAUCAUAGAAAAAAGAUACCAGAACCUUCUGUGGUCCAGGAAAGCUUUUGUGGACAGUAUGAAAGUCUACGGCUCCAGUUACAUUUACAUGCCAGCAUUUUCCAUGAAGCCUGGUACUGACCCGUCCUUACGAGCCUAUUACGCACUGUCAGACACCUCCUCCAACCUCACGAUGCUCUUCGCAAACCCUGAAUUCUUACGAUCGGUGGGCAAGUUCUGGAAAGCCCACGGUAUUCAUGCUAAGCGCCUCUCAACUGGGCUGUUUCUGGUCAGCUUAGCACUGGGGCUGUGCGACGAAGUGACCACCUACGGCUUCUGGCCAUUUUCUGUUGGCCUGGACGAGCAACCCAUCAGCCAUCAUUACUAUGACAACAUCCUACCCUAUAAAUGGUUUCACGCCAUGCCUGAGGAGUUUGUCCAGCUCUGGCACCUGCACAAAACCGGCACUCUGCGCAUGAGGGUGAGGCACUGUUCCCCUCAGAGCGGAGAAAGUUAGUGCCUGUAGGACUGAAGCGAUAAAGGUUCAAUGAUGUUACAAGAAGGCCAAUGAAGAAAAUUAGAUUGCGAUGCAGAGCAGCAUACGUUUUAUCUGAGUAUUCCCUGCGCUGUAUCUCUUAUCGAUUUCCUGCUGUUCUCCAAACUAGUUUUUGAUUUUUAUAAGAAUGUCGUCCUCGGAACACACAGUGACACACUUGGAAAGUAUGCAUACAUUCCCAAACGUUUGCUAUGCGUCUGCAUAUGUUCAUGAAAUUGCGUGUGUACAUGUUAUCUUUAAAGCAUCAGCUGUGAAAGGAUUUAGGGAGUGUUUUUUUUUUUUAUCUGGCAGUUUGGGCCCAACCCCCAUCUGUGUCUUUGAUAAAAGGAGGCACAGGGAGUGAAAGACCAAAGGGGAAACAGUGGAAGACUGGUGAACUAGUGUUCUGAUACUUACUGGCUUGAAUAGGAAAGGAAUUAAAUGAAAGGAGACAAAAAAAUGGCAGG